AUGUCAGAAGACGAAUAUGAUGCUCUAACGGAAGAAGAGAAAGCUGAGGUUGAUAGGAAACACUUGGAGCAAAAGAAAGAGAGAAGAAAACGAGAGCUAGAAAGACAGGAGAGGGAGAAGAAAGAAAGAGAACUGCAAGCUUUGAUGGAGGAAAAAAGACUCGAGGAGGAGCGGUUAGUGAUUCCUAAACUGUUUUCUUUAACAUGGAAGACAAAUCUGAUAGCUUGGCCCGGUACCUCCUGAGAUCUGAUGAGUAAUUCUCCCUAUUAGUUGCUAUGUAUUUCUUUGUAAAUAAGUAGAGAGAUUUAAGCGUCAAAUAAAGCUAACACUAAUGCUAAUAUUGUUAAAUGUUUUGCCUGACGUGUAGUGUGGCUUUUGCCAAAACAAGCAUUUGUGAUCAGUUUAGUAAUUGUGGUUUUACGACCCUCAGUAGAAAAGCUCUCUAUUAUUCUAAUAUUUUGUUUUUGCUGCAUCUUUCUUUCAGUGGUAAUCAAAAAGGUAAACGCCGAGGAGCUCAACAAGCAGGAGGUGCUGGAGCUAAGAAAGGUCAUGAUGGAAAGGAAAAGAAACCUGAGAAAAGCAGUGAUAAGCUAACACCUAAUCGCACCACUGGUCUGUCUACACAAGCACAGCCCUUCGACACGCGCACGGGCGCCCCGUCGGUGAUUUCCGAGCGUUCCGACAGCAGUGAUGUUACCGACGACAAGAAGCGACUAAGUAUCGCCAAAGUACAGAAACAUCGCCAGUCAUCGGCCAUCAUGAACCCUCCGUUGAUCCCGCAAGCUGAGGAAUCUAAACCACCGACUGAGGAAGAGGAGAGGGAGAAGGAGCUUACUAAAAAGUAGGUGGCGUUAGGUACUAAUAAGACUUACUCUAACUGUUUUUGUAGAGAGCGUUCAACGGCAAUUUAACGAUUCUACCAUUUAGUCCCCACAACCGCGUUCCAAAUUACAUCAUACUUAAUUCUCUUCACUGAAAAGUAAGGCUGACUUGAAGAUGAUUUUGACUUGACCUUUUAACUUCCACGAUUUGACUUAAGAUUCUCGCCUCUCGCUGAUCUUUUCCUUGUAAGUUAAAUUUAGAAUCGAGAAUUGAGAAUUUGAGGUCACAUCAAGAUCACGCACGUAACCUGAAAAGUGCGCCAGUUCUUAUUAUCUGUUUCCUGAAUAAAGUAUUUUAAAAUGUAAGACGGAUGAACAUUAAAAGCUCUUAAAGUUAGGUGUAGAACAUCUUACGAGGUAUACCCUCUGAUUUUUAAAAAGAAUCGCAGCACAUACUUCGUAGUCGCGAGUUGAGAUCGUUUACCGGUGUGGAGUUUAUUGGACAUUUCAUUUGUUCUUCAUGAUUCGUUCUUUUGGGAAAAAUGAAAUUUUCAGUUCAUGUUGAUUGGAGAUUUUUACCUUGGCCCUCGACAAACAGCGAUCUUCAUUACGAUUGUAGAGGGGUUUGCAGCCGAUAUUGUUGGAAUGUCAAACAAUGAUUCUCUCUCUUUAAGUGUGAUAGGGUGUCAUUGAAAAAAGAACAAAUUACCAGCACACUAAACUUUUUUUUGACGGUGUCGUAGAUUUAAUGCAUUCGAGACCAGUUUCCGAGACAUUGAUGGCUUGCUGCAAAACUGGGAUCGAUCUACCGGCACUGUGGCGCGUGCAGACACUCCCAAGUCUGAGAACUUUGAGGACUUUCUUCCGGCGCCUGGAUCGACCAGGCGAGGUCGAGACAAGAAAGAGAAAGAACUUAGAGAACGAGAGAAGGAGAGAGAAAAAGAAAAAGCUAAGGAGGUGUGUGAUAUAUACAAGCUAGGUGAUCUGAAUCUUAGUCCUUAACAUUUCACUCCCAAGAUCUCAUUGGUAAUUCUUCCUACUAUCUGCGAUAAAAUUCUUACGGAGCUGGUUUGGAGAAUUUGGUAUAAGAUCAACUGAUAAUCCCCUGAUUGAUGUUUUUCUUUAUUCUCAUCACUUGUCUGCCUGACGUUAUAUUGAUAUCGUAAGGAGAAAUUCUUUCUUGGUCACUCAUGGGAAUCAAAGGGUAAAUAGAAGGGAAAACUCUCCCAGACUCAAUACAACGUAAAAAAAAUCAUUUGGAAUUUCACGGUACAUUUUGGAUAAAACUGUUGAGGAAAGAACUGCCGGGUGAUGAUUACGCGGUUGGGUUUCUGGUAAAACUGCGAACCAACUAACUAACUAUCUUCUCUUAAAUCGCAUGGAAAAUGUACGUUUUUUCAAAUUUCGUGCUGCUCUGUUUGUGUAUGAAUGUUGGAAUACCAUGAGCUUGCUAAAGAAAGUCGUUUAGAGGGAAGAUGGUUUACUUGUAAUCGUCUGACACAUGUUGUAAUCUUGAUGGAUCCAACGGUAAGCCAACUGAUUUCCUUUUUUUUCGUCUAGUAAGAAAACUAUUGAGAGUUUCAUUUAACCAACUCGAUGCUGCUGUUCCCAGCAUAUUUUCGCGCAAGGCCUUUUCAUCUAAAACAGAUUUGUCUUAAUCUUGACUUCUACAUGUUGCUUUGCCGUCAGAUUUCUGACUCUCCGAUGUCAGCGGUCAGCGGUGAUCAUGAUGAUGACGAAGAUGGCGGUAAAAAGGACGGGGUGGGUGUACCACAGCUUAUUGUGGACACAGGAAACCCAACAGAGUCACAGGCUGAACAGACACUAGCGAAAGGAAUUUUGCCAACGGUUGAAGAGGUAUCCCAAUAAGGAUUGGUUAAGAUUACUUGGUGUUCGUUCGCACACUUAUGCACACAGUGGAACUUGCAAAAGUUUUGCUGUCGCUUUAUUCACGCUUUGUCACCUUUGCUCCUCUGUUCACAAUAGAUCGUACGUUGUGUUACAUUAAAAAUCUCUAUUUCUCGCGUAAUUUCUAUUGGCCACAGCAACACUACAUUUGCGUUCACCGGCGCGUUUAGUUGAACUGGUUUUUCAAGUUUGGUGAAGUUAUCAGAAAGCCAAUUCUUCAACUAAAUACGAAAAAAUUUCGUAUUGAGUCACGCAACCAAACAUUUAACCUGCAAUAAUGGCCCAUUCUUCUUCAUUUUUGUCUUCGACGGGAGUGCACAACAGGGAAACGAGAAGUCGACGUAAUAGUAUCCUAGUCGGAAAGGGAAAAAAGGAGAAAAAGGGAACAUUCGGAGUAAAUAGGUACUUCUAUUGGUUUUUGUGUCCUCCUCAGUGAUCAUGUGACUGUACCCAUUUUAGGUAAUGGACGGUCUGGGUCUAGGACCCCAUGGUCCUCCUAUCCCACCCCCGGCCACUUUUGCUGUAGUGCCGUAUCCCGUACGGAGACGUCCACCCCUGGGAUUAGAUCCCCCUUCUCAUUAUGUGUUCGUGGCGUCGGGGCCAGAUGAUCCUAAUGCCCCUCAGGAAGAUAAGACGAAAGAAGCUGAACCAGAAGUGGAGAAAACACCUGAGAAACCACCGGUUAGUGCGUUGUUAUUAUUAUUAUUAUUAUUAUUAUUAUUAUUAUUAUUGUUGUUGUUGUUGUUGUUGUUGUUAUUACUAUUAUUAUAAUUUCACUUUGAUUGUUAUGAUUACUGUUAUUAUUAUUGUUAUUAUGUUUACUGUUAUUUAAUAUUUAUUGAUCUUUUCACGUACACGUUCAAACGAGCCUAGUGCUCCUCGGAGGGGUGUGCUUAAAUAAAGUAUUGUUGUUUUUUUGUUGUUGUUAUUAUUACUUAUAGCCCAUGAUCCAUAAAUUAGAUCGCAAAGCAGAUAAAGUGGAUUCGAGUACGAAUUGUAUGUUUAACUCUCUGUGAAAAAAUGACUAAGAUGAAGCAAAAUUGCAUUUGUUUUCCUUUGACAAGUUGCUCCCAGUGAGUUUUUCAGUUGUGUGAUAAAACUUUCCGAAAACGUCUAACUUAAAAAUACGCGAUUGCCGUUUUACAUUCAUUUAGAAAAGGUUCCGGUUCAUAGAAACGCAAAUGGCUCAUAACCCGCUUCUUGCCUCGAUAGAUUACAAAUUUACGUAUCAGUGAUCAUUAGCUUUUAUUUCCAUCAUCUAACACUGAUUUGUUCACAAUACUGUUCGCUCCUCUAACGGUAGGAACAUGGACGCAAGGGCCGCAAAGACAAGGAUGAUAGAGAGGGAGGUACAAAGUCCAGAAAGGAGAGAGGAAGUUCCGCCCGGAAGGGAAAAGCAGCACACGGGGCUCCCUCACCUCCCCCCAGUAUCACCCCUGCAGAAGAAGACAAGAGGUUAGUUUUGUAGCAAACUAUUUUGUUAAAGCGUAGCUUGUUGACUAUGCUGGUACCAAAUUGCUUUAAUACUUAAGUAAUGAAUUUCCAACCCGACUUUCUGUUUCUUCCUCUUACAGUGAAACUGCAGCGGUGCCCAGCACCCCUCAACUCGUCAGCCACCGCUGGGUCAUUCCUGCCAAUGAUACAGUGAGGUUGCGCAUUCGUUUUCGGUCCGAGGAGCUGGGUCAGUUUGACCAGACAUUGAACUUUGAGAUCAUGGGGACGCGCCGUCGUUAUCAGCUGUUUUGCCGCGGCGUCUGCGCUUUUCCCGCCAUCAGUCGCGAGCCGCGAGUGGUGUUCCCUCACCGCCGGAAGUACCGCAAACCGGAAGAGAUCGUGCAUAAGAAAUACGUUCUAAGCAGUGAGACUUUUGAAUUUGGUCCAUUGCUUUGUGGUAAGUCUGAGUGCUUUGGCCUUUUUCAUAAGUUGUGGUAAAAAUAAGUUGAGUCAAAAAAUUCCUUUUGUCACUUUAUUCACAUCUUGAAGCGUCUUGUCUUCUAGAAUUCUGGAAUAUCUUUUUAUACGUGGUAAUGUUCUAACCUUGAGGUUGCCUAUUUAAAUGGAAUCACUCUACAACCGAGAUUCUACUUGAGGAAUUGACGUUAAAUUCCAUUAGUGCUGGCUUCUUGCUUUUAAAGCCAUUUAUCUGCAAAUAAUCUUCAUGUAUUGCAUGACAGGAAAGACUCGAGACCGGUACAAGGAAGGCAAGUAUCCAGAGAAUAUGGAAAAGAUUGUGAUUUGCAACACCUCUCCAUUGGAAGCAGAUGUCAACUUCUGUUUCCAGCAGGAUAGCACAGCGGUUACCUUCAUUAUUGAUCCGCCCAACAUGAAGUUGAAGCCAGGCGAGAGUCAGGUAGGAUAACAUGAAAUAAUUUCCUAUAGAAAAGGAAAAAGGGAUAAGGACAAGACUCCUUGGAUAUAGAUCCUGAUUUUUUAAGUGGAAGGAAACCAGGCUUUGCCAUUUUUGUCCUUGAAUUCUUUCAAGGCUCACUGAAGAGGAAGUACACUCGUAAAUGUGGGGAAUAUUUGGUCCUGUUUCCUAGAGACACUGAAGAUUCGCAAGUUGAAUAAACAAGAAAUUUAUUGUAGCGUAAAAACCUCCUGACCUUGUCAUGGCGAUGCCCGAGAAAACCCCCGUCCGGACAAAGAUUUUAUUCAAUUGAUUCGAAAGUCGAGAAAUCCAAGAUAACUAAUAACCUAAUUACGAAACGGAAAUAAAAGUCACACAUUCUUAAAAGCUGUAACAUAGCAAGUCACGCCGUCACACAAAGUUCUUCUCAUAAAUGUUCUCAGUGAAGAGUUGUUGAGGAAUUACAAAAGUUUCCUAUUGUGCACCUUACAGACGCAGGCGUUUUAAAUACCUGUCACGAAAGGCAAUAGUAAGCGGCACAAUUAUAAACAAAAAACCGAUCCUUUUCGCCAAUAAUGGUAUCAAAUAGAAGGUUAAUGUGGUGCUAACCCAAGCUUCAAACCAUGGUAAUGUCUGUGCGAAGAGAGUUCACUGAACGGUGCGAGAUCACUUACUGCUACUAGUCAAUGCUCAACGUCUGUAAAUAGUAAGAAUUAUUGUUGCUGUUGUAGGACCUCACUCUGUGGGCAUAUCCCAAGACACCAGGCUUCUUCGAAGAUGCUGUGGUGUGCUGUAUUCGAGAGAAUCCUGAGCCGGUUGUGUUUAAGAUUUCCUGUCAUGGUGUUCGGCCCGAGCUGGAGUUGGAUCGGAGACAGCUGCAGUUUGAUAGAGUUUUACUACACAGGUCUGUUUAAAAAAUGAUGGCGCUUCACAGUUUAGUACAUGUUUACCCACCUUUUUUACCCUACAUGAAACAACUAAAAAAUGUUUUAGCAAAGUCAAAUCGAUUUAAAGUAAUAUUUGCUGAACGAGUCGGCGCAAUUUCAAAGGCGAAAUAGUCCUCGGUUUGUGAGUCUGUGCUGUGACCAUUGUUGUGUUGCCCUUGUUAACUGAGUUGUUAGGAAUUACAUAAUUACUUUACAUAAUACUCAUGCAGUUAUUGAAAUGCUUUUUGCGAUUAUUUUAGCAAAACGUGGUUGAAAGGGAAGCACGAGUGCCCAAAUUAUAUUUUGUGGUUUUUGGAACUAGCGUUUAGAAUUUGUGCCCUGCUUUGUUGUGUUUGAGGGUUUUGACUCCAUUGUCUGAGCGCUCCCCUCCUUGCUCAAAGAUGAAUAUGAGAAUUAGUCAGACUAAAACAAACUGAAUUACUCACUCACUCAUCCUCCGCGCGCUCUUUAGGACCCCCGCAUGCAGCAAUGAAAACAUGCUUAAUAACUCUUUUUUCGUUGUUCUAUUUUCAGGAAAGACACAAAAACGAUCUUCCUUCGUAACAGCACUCUGCUACCUGUGGCUUGGCGAGUGAAUGGGAUGGACAAUCUGGGUGAUGACUUUUCGUUGACUACUGAACAUGGCAUGAUCGAUGCUAAAUCAGAGUUUGCUCUUCAGAUGCACUUCAGAGCUGUUCGGCCAACCAACGUAAAAAAGAUUGUGAGGCUGGAGGUACGUAACAUUCUAAUUACAAAUUGAAAACUUUCAGGAAGUGAGCCUUUGGCACGCGUAACUGUAAGUCUUCAAUUCGAUAAUAUUUUAGAUAAAUCCGAAGAAGUGUGAUGAUUUAAUUUGAUGUUGAUAAACGAAGAUAUACUUGACUUGAAUGAGGUAAGAGUAGAGGUCUGCUAGAGCUUAUUCCGGACUCUAUGGCUCGAGGUGACUAGGAGUAUGCCCCUCCACCUGGAUGGGACGUUAAGCUUUUGGAAAUGCUCCCGUUAAAAUAUCUCCAUAACAGAAAAAAAACUAGUUUAUCACCGUUUAUUCUAUUACUUACGCAUUCUAGUGCUCACGAAAACAACAGUAACUCUCUCCACAUACUUACUCUCCACAAGAAUCACCUGUCAAUCACGCUCAGUACUAGUUUCCAUCAAAGCCAGUCCCUGCUUGCAGCCCGUAGGCCAGUUCUUCGCUGUAGCUGUAGUUACUGAGGUUUUAGUGCAUUUUUAUGAACUAAAAUGUUUUGUAUUUCAAAGGUUUCUGAUGUAGAACAGAUCAUGGGCUUGGUGCAGGCAGAAAACAUUCAAGUUCAUGCAGAGUCUUAUGAUGUCGCUCUAGAUAUGAGUUUCCCUAAAGGUACGUAGGUUGACAAGGACAUGUAUGGGGAAACGUUUACCUGUGUUUUCAUAUGGGCAGUAAAGUAAUAAUGACGAUAGACUGUCACGAAACGAAACCCAAAGGAAUACCCGUGAAUAUUUCAUUUUAAGAAGUGUCAAAAUAUUCAACCGAGGACUGUCUUAACCCUUUACACCCAAACAUCAGUAUUUAUAUUCUUCAUACUGUUCUCCAUACAUUUCCCAAGGAGCUGACAAGGAGAAUUUAUUCAACAAUCCAUAAUUUUUUCUUUUGGUGAUCAUUUCCUUUAUUCUCGUAACCUUAAUGUGUUACUCAGGGGGGAUAUUGUCAAGAGAAACUAGAUGCUAUUCACUCUUAGGGGUUAAAGGGCUAAGCGUAACGGUCGGGAAAAGAAAACAUUAAAGAAAUUGUAUUUACUGGAAUGUCUUCGCCUUGUGACCUUCAUUUCAUAUUCGUUCUCAAAAAAAUUUUGCUUUACGUUGUCUUUUCAGGUGCAGACGGCGGUCUUGACUUUGGUGUUCUCAAAGUUUUGGAUGAAACAAAGCAGACUUGUUCUCUAAAGAACAAAGGCAAGUUUGAAAUCAACUUCAAUUUCGCGUAUGAGCCAACAGAAGGUUCGCCAGCAGACGUAGCACAGCUGUUUACAGUGAUACCCAACAAGGGUCCCCUACUACCUACCGAUCGACCCACUCAAGUACAGGUCAUCUUCAGGUCCAAGAGCGAGAUUACUAUUAAAGACCAGCCUGUACUCAAAUGCCAGGUAAACAAUGUUUUCGCUUAUCGUUGAACGAUAUUGUAGAUAUUUCAUGGCUUGGACCUUCUUAUGCCCCCGUCUUUAAUGAAUUACUCCUGCCUCCCCAAUAGUUAUAAUACCAAGCACAGUUAUCGUUCUUUUAAAAAGUCAAACAAUCAAAACAAAACCUAAAGCUAAAAAGAGUUCUUGAGAGGAAUGGCAUUAUAUUUUAGUUUUGCGUUAUUAGUUUAGCCUAGAAAUGGGGGAAACGGAGCUUUGGGCGGUUGUGUCUUUACUAAAAGCAAUUUUCUUUUUUCGUUUGUUUUUGUUUUGUUCACUUAUAUGAUUUGAAACUCAAUAUUUUCGUUAGCUUCUUUUCGAUAAACAUCUCACUUGUAAUAAUAAAAUUUAGCGAGAUCACACAGCGUUUCGGUAUUCACUUGAUUCGAAAUUAUAACAAAACCUUGUGUGAUUUCGCUUAUUUUAUUCUUAAAGAAAAUUUUAAAACAUUUCAAAAACUCACCAUUCAAUUCCAAUCGCCUCCCUUUAUCUGUCAGAUUGAUAUAAUUGACUUUUCUAUCCAUAUCUUCAUUGGUUCUUUCAGAUCGUAGAGCCUCACCUUGGCGAAGGUGGCGAGGUGAUCGCCAGCAUUCCCAUAAAACUUAGCGUGCGCUCUGUCUACAGCAAGUACGCCGUAUCGCCGGUCAGUGACAUUAACUUUGGAGCCAUGCUAAUCAACACUAAGAAAACCCGGGUGUUCACUAUCGAGAACAAGGGAGAGUUUGAAUUCCGUUACUCAGUCCUAAAGAUGAUCAACACGGUGGCACAAGGACGCCAGAAACUGGGGCUACCCGCGAAAAGGGCCAAAUCGCGUGAUGGGUCGAGUUCGGGAAGAUCUCAACAAGACAAACCGUCUAAACCAAAGAGAGCAGAUUCAGUACGAGGGUAUGUAAGAUUACUUAUAUGACAGUACACAAGCAUGAAUUUCAGCAUGCUCAUUGCCUGACAACACGUCGUUCCACCGCAACCUGCACAAAAAUAUUAAAUCGAUGCAGGAUGUUGAGAUAUACUGUAAAUUAUUCAAAAGAAGCCAAGUAAUUUCAUUGUUAUUUGAUAUGAAUGAGCACUCGGAACCAAAUUGCAUAAGGAAGUCGUUUGAUAAACUGUAUGUAUUCAUUCUACCAGUUGAGCAUCUGUGACCUUCUACUGUUUUCUGCAUUACACUUUUCAGUUUACAAUCCCUGUCCGCGCAGUGUUGAAAUAAAUGCUGUUUUCUCUUUUUUUUUUUCCUCAGAGCCGAGUUGACCACAGGGGCACCAAACAUUCGCCUUCAGCUUGGAAUGUUUACAGUCUACCCAGCUGUCGGGAGCGUGCAGGCCGGUAGUUCUGUGCAAGUAACGGUGGAUAUGAUCGCUGAAAAUCCAGGCUUCUCAGAAGAGGUUGGUAAGAUUUUUCCCCACGCGCGCGCAGUGUCUUGAGAUGUCUCCAUUACGUCAUUUGUUUUGCGCGAGCGCGACGGAUUUUAAACGAAGUCAAUUGUGACGUAAGCACUUGAUUGUGCGUCAGUUUGUCGAUAACUUUCUGCACUCACUUGAACGUCAAGCCAACGGCUGCUAGUUUUGCACGGGGACAGGAAUUUGCCUUUACAGCUUCUUGUAGAAUCGAUUUCAUAUUCUCACAAAGUUUAUUUCCCCCAACGGUUUGUCUUUUUUUUAUUUCAGGACAUUGCCAUUGACAUCUCAGACCGCCCGCCGUCCGACCAACCACAGGGAAUACCUUAUAAACUGAUUGGAGAAGCAUGCAUUCCCGGGAUCACCACAAUCGCCCCAGACACAGUUGGCUCUAUAUUCGAAGAACACUUAAUCGUCAAACAAUUGAAUUUAUUCCAGUACCUGACGCACGACCUCGCGAGUGGCUCUGGAGUGUAUGGAGAGGACGAGAACAAGUUUAUAUUUUACAACACUAUUGUUGGACGAAAAGCCAAAGCGAGGUUUAGAAUUGGUAAUCCGAACAAGGUACGUGGAAAGUGAUCGUGGUUUGCAGUGGUUUUACCUCAUUGUGCUUUUUGAUUGCUCUAGGAAAGUGAGACCAAUUUCCUUACCAAUCAGAUACAAAAAGUGAAAUCAAUCUUAGUUGGUAACGUAUGUCUUUCCGAGUUUGAGUGUUGUUUACCUUUGGUCGUCGUUAAUAUUUUUGUUUUUGAGAAGGUCUUUAAUGCUACUAUGCUUCGAUUAUUGUUAUUUCUUGCAACAUUUCAAAACUUUCUUUGUUUAAUCGUUUUGAAAUCUUGGCAUGCACAUCUCAUUUGCCUGAAACCCUCCAUUACUCAAGCCAUAACGUGAGUCCAAGUUAAUUCUCGCUUCAAGCGAUAGCUUUAAGGUCGUUUUUGAACAUCCUUUUUAGGAGAAUUAAGUUCCUUAACUUUUAAUGACGAGCGGUGUGAUGUUUAUUUUCUCAACACUUCAGGUGCCAUGCGACUUGGUUCUCUCCGUGAAACCGCAGUCCAUGAAACCAUCUGCUCGUUGGCACGACGUCUAUGAGAUUGAACCCCAGCGUGCCUCGAUCCCAGCUCACAGCUAUGUGUACGCGACUGUGACCUUCAGUCCUCCGUCCAUGCAAACCUACAACGCUACUCUUGAAGCAGCCGUAGAUGGGAUGCCUAGCGCUAUGUCAAAGUACCGCAACCUAACGUUCGACAUCCAGGGUGAAGGAAACCUUCCUAGAAUCACCGUGGUUCGACCCACUGCUCGAAACAAGAAAGGUGCUCCAGUCCUUUUGUUCCGACGCCUUUUACUGGGACGUACUCAAGUGCUCUCGCUCUCGCUAAAGAACGAAGGCACAUUGAUGGCCCGAGCGAAUAUCGAUUUGAAAGACCCCGAAGGUGUGUACAAGAUUUCAUGUGUGGAAGGUACCAAAGCUAUGAAGCCACUUGACGACGGUGAAGACGACGUAGAUCCGAAGUCGCGAGUUCACACCUUGUCUGUGGUGGUCCCCAUGGGUAAGACGGCAGAUUUUGCGAUCGAGUUCAACCCCUCCCUGGUGGGGCGUUCGCUGGGCGAGAUUAGGCUGUCAUUAAUGGAUAAUCCUUAUGAAGAAAGUACAGUUCAACUAAUUGGAGAAGGUUAUGAAGAUGAAGUGACCAUAGAUAAUAUACGGUCUUUUGUUCAGACUGAGGAACUGGCGGCUGAGACGGAGAUCGACGACGACACUCCAGGUAUUAUUGGGAAAUGAGCUGAUAGCUUUUCGUUUUUAGUUGUAAAACUUGAUUCGCUUCUUACUUUGUGGUUUCAGAAGAAACAGUGCUCUUAAAACGUGUGAUUAGCCUUGAAAUUCAUGUCGCAGACCUUAAACAUUCAUCAAACGCUGGUCAUCACUAGUAUUAUCUUUGUUGUUGACGUUUUUGAACUUUUUAUGACGCGUGUUGCAUAGAUACGGCCUACGAAAGGUACUAUUAUCCUUUUAGUUACGUUUCCUUCUUUCAUUUGUAUUAUUCGUAGCAUCACGAGAAAACCACGUCAAAUUUGGGGAUUGUGCCGUGGGUGUGUCCAAACAGCUGUCAUUCACACUGACAAACCAUUCUUCCUCGGACCCAGUGCGCUUCACUUGGUCCCCGCCGCCUGAGGUGACAUUUUCUCCGUGCACAGGACACUUACAGCCAAACUGUGCAAAGGAUGUCACAGUAACCUUCUGUUCUAACGAGCCAAAGACAUAUUCAGCGACAAACAUUCCUUGUAAAGUCACUAAGAUCAAGCUAGGAGAGGCGCAGGAUAAAGUACGUCUUAAAAUAGAAAAAAUGGAUUGUAUGGUAAAACGUGUAAAUUAUCUAAAUGUCAUUUUAGGCUCUUUGUAGAAGGUAGAAUUCGUCACAAAUUUCGGUGAUCUCAUUUAAUUUUGUGGAAAGAUUCGUGGCUUUGUCUUCGACAGAACAAAAUUAAGAAUAAAAGAGAGCGAAAGAUGAUGGUGCUGCUCUUCGACAAUGUUAGUUUUAAGAUGUUUUAUGAUGAUCAAACCAUUUUGUAAGUGGCAGCUUUAAGCCUCAGCGACACUCAAUAGAUUUGAUGACUUGAUUAUCUUCAUGAUCUUCGAAUUUAAUUUAAUUGUUAUUUUUAACUUAUUACCAGUCUAAACCAUGCCGAAAAAAAGCAAAGGGAUGUGGAGUUGACUUGAUAUUUGAUUUUUUCCCGACAAUUUGUUGUUUGGAUGUUCAUCAAUGUAACAGAGUGCGUUUGAGUUGCUUACUUAAUUUCCUUUUCUUUAGGCGGUGGACUGGGACGAUCGCAUGCGCACUGUAAAGUGGAUAGACGUGGCACCUGGUGAAGACCCUUCCACUGGCGUGAGGAAGUCCCCCCGGCCUUCUAAGAAGAAAGUCAUUGAAGUUGAAGCUGAGCCUCCAUAUACAGCGCUAGAAAACAGCACCAAAGACGUGGAAUUGUUGCUUACUGCUGUGUGUGACUUUGCUAAAUACCGCUGUAAAGUCGAGAACAUACACUUCAAAGAUACACUGAUGUUUCAGUCUCGUGUGUACAGGUGAGCUGUGAGGUAUUUGUAGAUCAUCUCCGUGAAACACACCUUCCUUGUAAUGUUUUUCAGACACAAUCUUUAGAUUCUAUUGGGUGUGUUUUCGUACCGUUCAUGGUGAAGUGUUCUAGAUGUGAAGUUAGUAACUCAUUUCUUUGAUACCUAACUAAGAAAAAGCUUUUCCACUUAUAAAAAAACUUGCUGUAAAGGUAAAGAAAAAAUAUCUUCUCCAGUUUUACAGUCUCAAACAAAGGUGAUGUGCAGCUCGAUUACAAGUGGCAUUUUCAGCCAGUGGAAAAACCAAAGACUGUCAGCCUAGCCGAGCCGCCCGAGGUAGGACCCGAGAGACCCGAAAGCUCCGCUGGACAAUCCACCGGUCAGCGAACCGUUCGCCCCUCCACUUCAACAGGGGGCUCAUCAGUGCACCCUCCUAGACGUGUACCUCCAACCACUCAAAGACCUGGGUCCUCCAUGGGUGGGCGGCCGUCAAGCGCCCUGGCUCUUGCCUACGAGGCAGGCAGUGUAGUGAGCGAAGGAGGAAGCGAUGUGUUCCCUUUUGUGAUUGAGCCAGAAAGUGGAAGCAUCCCUGCAGGGAAGAAGGGUAGCUUUGUUGUGAAGUUCUCACCGUUAGAUGUGUCCGAGUAUGAUGCUCUGGUGACCUUCAGGUAAUACUGUGGUGCGAUGCUGUAGCACACAGACUCAUCAAAAAAUAAACAAACAAGCAAGAAAACUCUCUUAAGGAAAAAAAAACAUCCCGACGUUUUUGAAAAAAGAAAAAGUAACAUACAAACUCGCAUCAACGAAAACAUGCAAUUCGUUUAAAUGGUAACAUGAUCUGUGAAUAUUUGUUCCUCUCCGCAAUGCUAUUUAUUUUAAGAACUUGUUUGUUGGCACGCAUGCCAAAUUUUUGUUUGAUGUAAAGGGGGGACGGGACAUUAGAAUCAGCGAAAAACUUAACCCACGUAUGACGUCAGAGUAACUCAAUGUAAUAACAAGUUUCUCUUUAAUAUUUUCAUCUUUGCAGUGCCAACAAUCUCCCGCCAGACACAGGCGGCUUCUCCAUUCCCGUUCGUGGAAGGAGCCUUCUUCCUUAUUGUCACUUUGAAUUGGAGGAGUCAGAUUAUGUUUCCGGGGGGAGAAGGAACCCCGAGUUAAGAGGUCCUGGUGGGGCUCCCCCCGGAUCUACCUUAGAUCCCACCACGAAAGUUAUCGAGUUCAAGUCGUGCGGAGUUAAAGUUAAAAACAUAAAGUAAGUUACCAUUGAAAUUUUCAUUAACCUGCGACAAAGUAAAAAAAUAUAACAAACUAACUAAUAUUUCCUUCAAUAUGUUAUCGCACUUCAAAGCCUGAUGAUAAAAAAUUUAGAUUUAAGAAUAGAACUUCCAAACAUGAGACCUUUUCUGGACUUGUUUUCAAACCUUGGAGGGGUUAAAAAUUCAAUUCUUUAAUGCUUAAAUUUAAAUCUGUCCUCAGAGUCAAAUUUAGUCUUUGCCCAAUUCUCAAUUAUAUUGAUUCAAGUACGUGUCAAAAUCCCAAUUCCGGUUACUUGAAUCCAAAUUUUACGGCCUAAAAUUGGUCAAAUCCCAUGUUAUUAUGUUCGGAAGCCGAAAGAGGAAACUUGGUCAAAACUAUCUGCGAAAUGCGUGUAAGACACAGUCAGGAUCAGUUGGUGUGUGUCUACUAAUAAUUGAUAUGUUCCCAUAGACGUUUUAGCGUCAUAAACCCAUCCAACACAAGCUACAGUUUUGUGUGGACCAGUGAGGACACACUGGAUGGCGCGCCCCCAGAAACGGUCAAUUUCCGGUGCCUGACUCCCGAGGGGACCAUACUGAGUGGGAAGAAGUACGAGAUGGUGUUUGAGUACGUAUCAGACUCGCUGGACCUGGUUGAAUCAUUUUGGCGGUUCUUUGUGCCUGAAUACAGCUUCUCCAUUCCAUUUGUUAUGGUGGGGCAUACAUUUGAGCCCGCGCUGUCAUUUGACAGGUCUCACAUAAACUUCAGGGAAAUGCUGCUUGGUGAGUAUGGCGUUUCUCAUGAUUGUGAUUUUUUUGUCAUUUUGCGAAGUGUUUAAAUAUGUUCAGAGAGAAAGAGAUUAGAAGAUAUUAGCACAGUAAGGUUGGAAAACAUGAAGGAGGCCAUAAUAAACUCAGAGGAUACAAUAAUGGCGAUGGGCGAAGAAGAUUAAACCAGAUUGCAGUUGACGAGCUAGAAAAAUUUUCACGAAGUUUUACAACAUGAACAACUUGUGACUCAGCUCGUGGCUGUAAUUGAUCACAUCUAUGAUAUCAUCACUUACAACUGUACUAUUAGUGAAAUAUCGUGACCAUCUCCGAACAAUUUUUAGUUUAUGGAGACUUAAACUUGGAAUCUCUGUGAAAGAAUAGUGUAAAUUAUAUGACGAGAUGAAAUUGAACCACGGAAAGUACAAAAACUUUAUUGGGUAAGGAACGAGAAAAAGAAAAAUUCUCGACUCGUAUUACAUUGUUGUGUCGUUGCAACAAGCUGGAGUCUAUUUACGUUAAAGUAAAUUUUGUAUCAUGCUUUGCUGUUUCAGGUCACCCGGCAAAAGAAACUGUACAGUUAGUGAACGAGGAGAACAUCCCAUUCACUUUUUCAUUCAGCGAAUCGUCUUGUCACACAGAAGGAUAUGCGUCUAGUCUGUCUGUGGAGCCCAUGUCUGGAACAGUCCUACCCAAGGCCAGGUAUGAAAUGUCUUCUCAUCUUAAUGAAUUAGAUUACAAAUAGUGCAUGGAGUAAAUCAUAUUUGCCCUAACCGGUGACUGAGUGACGCAGUUAUCCUCGCAUGCAAAGGACAGUGUAAGAGUGUGAAGAAGUAAUGCCCGAAAAAAAGUGUGUGCGCUUUGACUUGGCUUGAAUUCGUUCUUCUCAUACUGGGUUGCGGUUUUAACACUUUGUACCUUAACAUUGAUAUGUAUACUCCGCUUCACUGGUCUUCUACAUUUCUUGUGAAGCUGACAAGGAAAAUUUGUUUAUCAAUCUGAAGCUUCUUAAGUUUAUGAUCAUUUCCUGUAUUCUCGUAAAUUUAAGUUAUCCAGGGGUGAUAUUGUAAGAAGAAAUUAAGUACUAUGGGGGGUCAAAGGAUCAAAAUGUCUUAUGAUUGGCUAUUGACAAUGUGUAGUAUACAAACAGUUGUGUUUACACCUCAAACAUUCACUCAGUGCUGUUGCAUAUUUUUUCAGGCUACCAAUCGAAAUCUCCUUUACAGCAACUGAACAGAAGGAAGUAAACUUCAAUGUUCUGUGUCAUGUGAAAAAGAAAACAUCUCCUCUAACCUUGAAUGUGAAGGCAGAGGGGUAUGCCAUGAAUGCGCAGCUUGUUUGCGAAGAUUCACAGGGAAACAAAGUGGAGCUUACAUCUAAAGGAACAAACAGAAUCAACUUAGGAAUGGUUAGUUUUGUAAAGAAAAACAUAACUGGCAAAAUAUAUUUUAAAACGAAACGUUAAAUAUCUGUUUGCUUUUGAAGCCGGAAUAGCCUUCGACUUAUUAUUCAUAUCAGUAGAAAGAGCUGAUUAUUUGAGUUGAGGAUACAAGUGGGAAAUUUCGGGGUGCAAUAACUACGCCAAGUGCUUCGCUGAUCGUUUGAAGGUGAUUACACUGGUCGAUGCACUCUUUUGUUGUCUUUCUCCUUUUCGUUCGCUCUCUUUUUUACUGUUAUAUCAUCAGGUCAAAACAUUUCAAACCUUGUUAGAAUCUAAGAGCUGGUUAUAGCAAUGAAAUUAACUUCAUUGCACUUAUCAGUACAAUAUGAAUCUUACACCAUCCUUUUAACGGAUCUUAAGUGGCACUACUCUCUCGCUAUAUUAAUAUAUGACUACCAUCAAUUUAAAGGAGACUCGAGGGUAUAAGUAUUGAUUUGGUUAAAAAAGAAACCGCAAAAAAAUAAAAGAGGGUGGCUGAAGAUGGUUUGAACAGAUUGCUAGUAACGAUUUAUCUUUGUAGGUUGCACAAACCAUCAGCUGGCUCCUUAAAGAAGUCGGUAGCUAAUAAUAAAAUGAAUUUGUUCUUUUUUACUCUCGUUUAAGGUUGAAAUCAACGAAAAAGCCACCCGACAGUUGUUUGUCAUCAACUCAGGGAAAUUUAAUUUUGACUUUUCGUGGGAGAUCCAUAACCGGACUAAGCUUAAGGGCCUCAGGGUUCUCGAUGGGGAGAAGCUUGUAUCAGUGACUCCUGAAAGUGGGACGGUGCCAUGUAAUACUCGUAAGAGAUGUCAGUUAGCUUUCUGUCCACCUGGGAGACUUUCACUGACAGGAUGCGAUCUACUGUUAAAGGUAUUGGUGAUUCACUUUUGGCAGUUUGUAGAAAGGCAUGUUGUGAAUGUAGGUUUGCUCCUUGCUGGAGACAUUGCUGUUUCGGGUUUACCUUUGAACUAAGCUAUGGCUUUGCCAAAUGCAUCAGGCAAUCUUUCUGGAUAAGUGAUAUCGAAUCAUUUUACGACAGAAAUGUGAAAAUUGUUCUGAUUUGACUUUGUGUUGAAUUGAAUUUAUAGUGCUUCAUGGAAAUUUGUGUUUCAUCUGUGGGAGUUAAAGUUUCAUCUCUGAACUAUAUACAGCUUCUCUUAACUGCAUUCUUACAUGCAGAUAACUUUUCUUUGUGUGCUUGUCUGUAGAUCACCAAUGGCCCAACGUUCACCAUAAAUCUAACAGGGACGGGUAUACAGCCUGGACUCAACUUCUCUUUUGUGAGGCAUGACUUUGGUCCGUGUUUCCUGUACCGUGCUGGUAUGCCUCGGAAACGGACUACGUUGAUCAUUAAGAACGAAGAUACAAAAGAUAUCAGGUAAUGUGUUGAUCUGUUUCACAACUAUUGUUACAUUUCACAUUUGCCUUUGAGUCCAGUGUGACUUCACAAGAAUCAACUUAGCAGAUUAAUUUAAGGAAUAGUUGCGCAAAUGAUCUUGAAUUAGAGUUUGUUGCUUUUUCUGUCUACCUUUUACCAGGUUUUAAUUUCACUAUUUUCGUGAAAGUGAUUGACAACAGUGGGUAAACUGCCUGGAAGCCCCAUUUUAUUUAAGAAUAUGGGAGGGAUUCUGAUUCCCUUCAGUUCACUCUUUCUAAUUCGAAGAAGCUGUAGAAACAUCCCACUUGAUAAUAAACAGACGCUGCAGAUUUUACUCAGUGUUCAUCCAAAGAAUGUUUGCGAACAUGGUAUCUGACUAUUCUUGGAAAAUACGAUUUAACUCGAACCACGUAAUUCAUGUCUGUAACACCUUACUAUACUUUUCAGUAUUGAGUGUCAAUACGAGAAUACUGCCCACCUUGAGGUCGCCUGUCUACCUGGAGUCCUGAUACCAAACCAAGCCAUGCAGGUAGAUAUUGUGUUUUAUCCCCGGGAAGCCAGGAGAUAUCACGAGGUUAUCCCGUUUGAGAUCAACGGUCUGUCCACCAUGAAUGUCGAGAUAUUUGGCGAGGGAACCGACAUGAAGGUAAUUUGUUUUGCUCGAUAUAGUGCUCGGCAUUGCCUUUUUGUCUCUGUAAAGAAUAUAGCGUGUUACCUGAAAUAGUUUUGUUGCAAAUUUGGUCUGUAAAAAAUCUUCUCACGGCAUCAGGGAUACGCCAGAAAGUUGAUACACCAAUUUAUUUGUUAUUUUUUACGUUGAUCAGGGAAUUUGUUUCCUACCGUUUGUCCACCAAGCCCGCAGACAAGCUCUAACUACUUGCUAGGGUCACAGAACAGCUUGUUGUCCGGCACUAGCUACACAUUUGCUACGCCUUAGAACUUUGAAUCGAACUAGUUUAAGAGUAAUACCAGACUGUAAACAAGAAGCAACGGAAAAGGCUCUCGAGGAACUACACAACGACUUUUGAAUUGAUAUUUUGUCUCUUGCCAAACUACUUUAAACUCGAGAAAGAAUAAGAAUACAAAAUAUUGGUGGUUUAACGUAGGAAAAGACAAAAAAGGCGUUGAUAAGCUAGGGAAGAACAAAACUUGCGAAGGAUGUAGACAGUAAAAAAAUAAAUUGUAAAUAACGAAAUUGAAAAAUUUUGGCUGGAGUGCUGAAACCGUGACAGUUCUUAUUUGUUAUUACUCGCAGGUAGAGGUCGCUAAUCCUUCAGACAGAAAAGUAAACUUUGGCGCCUUGCGUGUCGGCCAAACAAAUCAGCGGAGUGUAAAGUUAGUGAACCGCAGCCCUGCACCAAUCACGUUCACCCUAGCCAUCACACCAGCUGUAGUGGCGCUUCAACAAGCAAACAUUCUCACUAUUAGCCCCUCUACGGAAAUCACUCUUAGGGCCAAUGGCGGCACGUAUGGCGUGGACCUGACUUUCAAACCGAAAACACGCAUACCACAGUUUACUGAAGAGGUAAAUUAAGUGCUCAAUAGUUUUUUUUUACUUUUGACAAAGACGCUAUUCUGUUACGUUGUGUUAUGUGCCUGUAGACUGUUUAUUUUCCGCCAACGGCGGCUUGUGGUUAUUUCUUUAUUCCGCGUCGAUCAAAAACACAUUUCGUUUCUUGCUUCAUGUAGCAUACUAUAUCCGUCAGAAUUAAUAAUGAUCUUUCUGCAUCAUAUGUUUCAUCUAUUCCUGUCUUUAAAUACGUAAGUCAAACACCGCUUGAAUUUUCCUUUGUCCUUGCACUGAAACGCUUCAUGAGAUAAGAAUAUAAUUCAACACAUCUCCGUUGAAAACAGUGAAUAUCUACUGGUGCUUUAGAAUGAUAUUAAGAUAUUGGUCGAUGCGUCGUUCAAAAAACAUUGGAUUUUUCAAGUAAAUAUCCAUUUAUUCUUCACGCUGCAGGUGAUGUUGGAGUGUGCCGGCAUGUCCCAGCCCAUCUUUGUGGUAACAGGCUCUUGUCAAGGAAUAGAGAUCACGUUGGACAGCGACUCGGUGCCGUUUGGCGCUGUAGUUCUUGGCAGUCGCAGCACGAGGAAGCUGAUCAUGCACAACACAGGAGACAUCGGAGCAGCCUUUACUUGGAAUGUAGAAAAGUUUCAACCUGAUUUCUCCAUCUCACCAGUUAAAGGUUACAUUUCACCCGGAAUGGAAGUGUCCUUCGAGAUCGUGUUUCAUCCCACUGUGGUGAAUCAUGAUAUAAGAUACGAGGUAUGAAGCACAUCCGUUCGCGAACUUUCAGAUAAUUAUAAGCAUGAAAAAUACGUAUUAUUUAUUUGUUGAUUUGAAUAGAACAGGGUUAAAUAACCAUGAUAACACCCAUGAUUUAACUUAUAAACCAUGAACAGCGAUCAUGUGAUAUGUAAGCUUUUCAAGUUCUCCUCAGCAGUCCAUUUACCUUCAAAAUCUUGUAGCUCACUCACAAAUUAGAUUUCAACUAAUUAUUUCAUUAAUUCGCCGACUCAGCUCAAUACAUUUUUUUAGAAACCAAUAAUUUUGCACUUCUGUGAUACCUGACCGUCGUGUGUGUUUUUCUCAACAGAGUUUGCGUUGUGCCAUUGAAGGUGGUAAAGCGCUGAAGCUCGUUUUGACGGGAAGCUGUAUCCCACAGACACCCCUAAAGGAGGUAAAAUACCCCAGCUUACUAUGAAAGAGAAACUACUUUUACUAUCGCUCUGAGGAAUAAGCAGAAAACCCAAGGCUUGCGUUUUAAAAUCUUUUGCCAGGUACCUAAAGGACACCUGGUUAGCUUAAUUUGUGGAAACUGGAUGAUUGUGUGGGUUAGGGAUGCCAGGCCUGACCAAAACUCAGGUUCUUUAAAAUAUGUACAAGAAGAAUGUGUUGCCUUUGUCACCUACAACGAUAUAUGGGUAGACAUGGAUUGGGACUAUAGGACUUUUAAACCUUGUCUUCAGCUAACUCACACGUAGUCUGAGGAGGGGACUUAAUGAAACCAUGCCCAAAAGGGCUUCUACUACCUUGUGUCGUAUAAUCCAACUUUCUCAAACACAUAAAGAAACUAACAUACGACCAAAGCUUUCCCUUACUAUUGUUAACGUUGUGUUAACUUGCACUCUUUCCUAUUAGAUGCUUCACUUUGCGACCCAUGUUCGCACUCGUGACACGCGUAAUCUUGUCAUACAUAACCGGACAAACCAGUUAUGGAUGCUGCGGCCUGUGAUUGACGGUGAAUACUGGUCUGGUCCUGACACCAUUACUGUGGAGCCACAACAGAGUAAAAACUAUGAGUUAACCUACAGACCACUUACUAUGACUCAGGAAGGAAAGAAACACUUGGUAUGAGUAGUUCCGUUAUCAUUUUAUUUCAUCGUACCGCAGUGCUCUGCGUUACAUUGUCGGCGCUGCGUGGCAUUGAUUGUAAUUUCUGAAUUUUAGGAAGGGAGAGCUUUUUAAUUGUUAAUUGCGGGUUAAAAUAUGGUUUUUUCUACAUCACUCUCCGAGUCAUUCAGCCUGUUCACUCUUGGACGAUACCGAGUGUUAUGCAUUAUCUAAUACAGUAAUUUGUCGAUAUUUAGAGGAUUUGACCCAUUCCAUCAAAAUCAAUCUUCCUUACUGAUUUUUAAAAACAAAGAUUUGGCCUUAAAAAACAAAGAUUUUUAAAACAAGGAUUUGGCAUUAAAAUGCCUAAUCUUUGUAAGCCUAAAAUGCGUCGUGAUGUGACGCACUCUAGGGGUGAGAAACAACUCUUAGAUUUACGGCAGAACCAGGAACCCAAGUCAUGGGCUCCUGGCAGAACCUAUGCUUAUCAAAAACACCGGUAGAAUCCGAACUUUUUCAUGUUUCUGAAGAAAACUCCUGGUUGGAUUAUGUUUAAGUUGCACCUUUUUUUAAAUCUCAUCGAGUAACGUGAUUCAAGUAUUUAAGGGUUGCAUAUUUCUGUUUCAGGGCUCUGUUUUUUUCGCUCUCCCGGAUGGCAAUGGUCUCCUAUAUAACGUGACUGGUAAUGCAGAGGGUCCUAAGCCGGUUAACAACAUACAGAGAGAGGUACCUUGUAAAACGUCCUACACUGAAAUGCUCACUGUCACCAACUGGCUGCGAAGACCUCAGAGGUUCGUGAAACGGUUUCUCUUCUUUCGUGAAUCUUUUGAUAAAGCUAAAGAAUUCGUAAUUUUAAAGGUUUAGUGAUUCUCUAAAGGUGUGCUAGAUACAGAAAUUAGCAGUUGAAGUGAAAUUGUUUUGAUAGAAUAUUUCACUGAGCGCAACUCCAGUUAUAACGAGUUUAAUUAGCUCCCUAAACUUUUAAAAGCUCUUCAUCAAUAACAAGAAACACAACUUGAAAUUUCAAUCAUUUACAAUUUUUAUCUACCCAUUUUAACCCUAGCAGUACGUUACAGUGUAUGGUAAACAAACAUGACAAAGCUUUCACGCCCAUUUCACACUAUAACCAACCCUCAAAAUCUGACCUACAAGUAUUGAAUAUGAUGACAGCCUUGGAGUCAUUGAAACUCUCUUCAAUUCCAUUUUCUUUUUUAAGGGAAAUUCUUUUUAUUGUCAUGAAAUUGUUUUGAUCCAUUCUUCAUAAAGAAUUGGUACUGAGAAAACUAUUGGGAUUAAUAGUAUUUGUAGUUGUGUUGUAGCUUUUUGCGGCACCUAUGCCUCACGUUCUGUGGGAUUUUAAUUCAGUACCAAUGCAUAUAUUGUUACGUUAGAUUCCGCGUGAUAAUAGAGAUGCUGAAACCUGACAGACCAGACAGCGCUACUACGCUAAAGGGACUGGACUACAUCGAUGUCCCAGGUCUCUCCAAACGAGAAUACAGAUUGAACUUCUUUGCUCACAAAGAGGGAACGUUCAGUGCAAAGGUAAGAAAUUUUAGAGUCACUUUUUACUACUAAAUGUUAUGGCUUCAAACCCGUGGACUUUUUUAAUUGUUUUGGGGCAUCUAGUAGAAAGUACGGCAUUCGUAUGAGGUAAAAGGUCACGGUAUUUGCUUCCAAUUUUUUUCAUUGAAAAGUUUUCACAAACAUGGAUGCAACAAAUUAACGCUGCCAGCUAGAGUAUCAGUUUUUCUUCAUACUUUACCUUUUCUUUGCAAUGUAAUAGUGCAUCUAACUGUAGUGAGGUGAACAAAGACUUUUUAAAAGCAAGGAAAUACUCUAAAAGAAAGUGUAAGGCUAUAAUGAUAACCGUAAUUUACUAUAAGUGCGAGAGACUGGCCGGUAAAAUAUUUAUCCCAAUAAUAGAAAGUCUGCGGUUACUCGAAUUUUUCCGUCGUUGUUUUUCUCUGAUUCUGUUGUUAAUCUACGGAUCUUCAACUUGCAGGUAAUAUUCAGGAAUGAACAGGGCGGAGAAUAUCUGUUUUAUUAUGUGACUUUCAAGGCAGUGCCCCCUGGUGUAAUGGCUACCAUUGACUUGUCCACGCCCAUACGUAAGAGCACGUCACAUGUGGUGAUGUUACACAAUCCCCUCAGUACCCCUGUGACAUUCAAUUCUCAGUGCUCUGUGGCUGACAUCCAGCUGCCGCCAAGUUUCACCGUUCCUCCUUUAUCUGAGGUUAGUGCAUGCCUUGUUUUAAGAUACUUUAUGGGCUAGGUUUCUUGUGAUUAUAACAGCUUGUUGUACUUCAAUUCCAGAUAUGGUGCUACAUUAACUCUGGUCACCUUUCGUAGAGUGACUUUUGUGCUUUUCAAAACUAUUAUCUUGCACGUACUUUUGGGUUUUUGUUUUGAGGUUUAUUUUUCAUGUCUCCCCUAUUAUAAAAGUUUUUUUUUACCUCCGGAGAGUCCUUCAUGUUUGACGAAGAAUUAAAAUAAAAAUUAGAGGUAGUCCGUAUUUAAGCAGUGAUUAAGUUUAUCAUGAGUUUCUUUUCGUCUCUUCACUCUAGGGCUCGUGUAUGUUUGAGUACCUCCCGCUGAAGGCUGGUGAGUUAACAGGCCGACUCUCCUUCAGCAGUUCAGAGUUAGGCGUGUAUCAGUAUGACCUCAACCUAACCGCAACACCUGCCGGGACGGAGGCUCCUGUUCAUUUCCGUGCAGGCCUGGGUACCAGUCAAAGUCAGACCUGUCGAUUUGUAAACUUUGCCAAGUCUAAAGUCGAAUACAGCUGCAAGGUAGUAACAUUUCUUCCACCUUUGUUGCUUGCUGUUCAAAUAGUUUUGAGCUAAGUCGAAGACCAGAAUAAAAGCACUGGAAUUGAAUUACACAGUUUGUCAUGGAGUUUUGAGCCACAGAUAAUAAUGAUAUCAAGUGCAGGUUUGUAGCGAGACAAUGGCGCGACAAGUGAAAGGAGAGGGGGGAGGGGUGACACCUGGUUAGGAAUUAUUAGGUCUCCACAUUUUGAGAAUUUCUGCCUUGUUAAUCUUUUCCAUCAUCGAUAUCCAACUUCCUUUUUGGUUGAUUCAUCCCGCUCAGCUGUUUUUCUUUUCUUUUUGAUCUCAAGAGUAUUUUGCAGCUCCUUCUCGUUGAAGGCAAGAAGGGAUCAAAAUCCUUUUUCGGUGUAGCCCUUAAAUUUGAUACUUGGAGGAAUCGAUUGUGGGAAGUGUUGUAUGAUUUUCUCUAGUUUUCACUUAUCGAGUUUACUCUCUCUUAAGGUGGACAACACUGAUUUCCAUGUUGAAAAGAAUAUCACGGCAGCCUCAGCGUCAAGUGGAGGCACAGAGGUUGGUGUGGAAGUGACCUAUGAACCAUCCCGUCUGGGUGAUACUCGCGCUACUCUGACCGUUUUCUCCCCAGUAGGAGGAGAAUACGUGUUCCCACUGUUUGGUCACUGCAGUUCUCCAAAACCUCAGGGUCCUUACUCGAUCAAAGCGAGUGCAACAACCUCAAUUCCGUUUAAGAAUGUGUUUUCACACACUACUCAAUUUACCUUCUGUCUGGAUAGUCCGUGUUUUAAUGUGAAGGCGAGCGAGAGCGUCCGUGCUAAGAAGACCCAUAAUAUUAUCGUUGGUUUCGAGGGAAACCAAGGAGGUUCCAAGGCUCCGCGCAUGGGCAGACUCAUGGUCACGUGUCCGAGGAGCGCAGGUGGUGCUGGGAAUGUUACUUGGACCUUCUACCUGAAGGGCCUCACUCCGUGAAAUUAAACUGAGUUAAAUUUCCGUUUCAUUUGUACAAAAGGAGUGCAAUCUUUUUUGAACAUGGUGUAGUUCUUCAACUUGUAGAUAUCAUUCAUUUCACAAUAAUGUUUACGCAUGCAUUCGAUACACUUUCCUUAACGUGUUUAAUGUAAACAUUUUGUGACUAAGGUCAUGUUUUUUCAUAUUAUCGCGAUUAUGAAGUUGCUUUGAUAUCAAGUCAUGCCAAG